AUGAAUCCCGUUGUGCUACGUACCGUCUUUGCUGUGGUGCUGGUUGGUGUCGUUGCGGUCAGUGCCGCCACCGAGGACUAUCAGAGCCAGAGUUUGCGGGCUGUCGUGCGGGUGUACGAUGAGUGCUCCAAAGCCGAAACUGGAUUCAGUCCGUGUCUGAAGAAGCGCGCCAUCACCUUUAUCGAUCGUCUGUCCCGUGUCGAUGCUCUGGCGCUUGGUGAUCUCAAGAUUGUACGCAACGAGCGAGCAGCAGCUGAACCGAGCAAACCACUGACGGAAGCUGAGUUGGAGCAGAGCCUCCCACGUGGACUGGAGGCACGUGAUGAAGCGCUUACGAACAUGCUGCUCGAGAAGGUGGCCGGAAUCUUUAGCAGCCGCACGGUGCAGGUUACACUGCCGAAACUGUCCAGCGAAGAGCUCGGCCGUGGUUUAGAGGAAGGCCGUGGUAAGAUGAAGAAGAUGAUGAGCAUGAUGAUCAUGGGCUUCAUGAUGAAGAUGGCCGCCAUGGUGCCGGUCGCGAUCGCCGGUCUGUAUCUGCUUGCUGGUAAGGCGCUGAUCGUGUCCAAGAUUGCACUCCUGCUGGCCGGUAUCAUCGGGCUGAAGAAGCUGGUCGCCAGCAAGCAGCAGCACGGUAGCGGUUGGUCGAGCGGUGGCUCCGGACACGGUGGUUGGGAUCGACGAUCGGCCGAUGCUGCUGCCGCCGCCCAGAACAUGGCCUACAGUGCGUACGCCAAGAACCAGGCGUAA